AUGAGGGACUCGAAGCUCUGCCUUCUGCUGAUCCUCGGCACGUCGGCCUUGGCCGCUGUUGCCCAAAAUGGAGAUCAGCCAACUUGCCUGCUUGCCAAAAGGUAUAAGACCCUGCACAAGUACGAAUAUCAAUACGUAGCUGAAUCUCUGAAUGCCAUCACUGGAGCGUCAUCGGUCAAGAACGGACCCAGGGCAACAUGCAAGGUUGAAAUUGAAGUCCCGCAGACUUGCAGUUUCAUCGUACGCACCACUGGCUGUAGCCUGAGCGAAGUGGUUGGUGUUGACUCAAACGGCAAUCCCGCGUUCAACCCUGCGCCCGGCUCGGAUGCCUUCGCCGAUGAAAUGGAAAGAUAUCCUCUGAAGGUUGUGGUUGAGGGUGACUACGAUGUGAAACUGUACCCCGAGGAAGGUGAGACGACAACCACCCUGAACAUCAAGAGGGGCAUCGUCUCAUCCCUGGCUGUGCCUCUGAUGGAACAGGACAAGAACAAGAAUAUGCCAACAAUCCAUGGUAUGUGCAAGACCUACUACGUGAUCAACGCUCGAGAGGAUAUCGCAACUGACGUUACCCUGGAAAGGGACCUGUCCACAUGUGACAGAUUCGUCCCAGUAAGAGAUCAUACCAGCCCCCUGGCACUCAUCGCUGGCAUGCAAUACCCUCUUUCCAAGCUCCUCAGAAGCUCGGAGACCUGUAACUACAAGUUUGACAAUGAGAAGAGACACAUGACCUCUGGGUCUUGCACAGAGAAGCACAUGCUGAUCCCGUUCUCCCACAAGGGCCAAUAUGGAGUUACGAAUGUUGGAACGCAGGAACUAACCCUGUUGAAGGUUUCUACUUCCAAUGACAGACUCUUCGACCAUGGCGUUAAUGCCAAAGGUCUUCAUAUGGACGUUGUUGAGCACAAGACAUAUUUCCAGAACAGAGAUGCUUUUCUGGAUCUGCUGCACGACGUGGCCACUCUGCCUGAGACCGAGGGCGAGAGGAGGGCGCACUUAUUCCGUCAGGUCGUCACCAUGGUCCGCGGAAUGAAGAGCGAAACCCUGAGCAGCGCCAUUCCCGAGGCUCUCGUUGUGUCCCGUGUCCUGACCUAUCAAGUUCUGGCCCAGUGUGGAACUCCAGAGUGCAGCAGUGCCAUCAUGCAGAUCCUCAGGGGCUUCCAGACCUCAGCAGUUGAAGUUGACGCCACGGUUUUUGCAUUGGGACUUGUUUCUAACCCUUCUGCUCUGCUGAUAAACGACAUGCUUGAAAUGGUCAAGUACAAGCCCAGCAAACCCAUCAUGUACGGCCUUAGCAAUGUCGUCAAGAGGUUCUACAAAAGCGAAGGAAAACUUAUUCCUGAGAUUCGCUCUGUUGCUGAGUUCAUGGCAGGCCGUUUGGGUGACUGCACCGGCGACGAAGACAACACUUUCCUGACUUUGAGAGUUAUUGGGAACAUGGCUCCCGCUGUUGUGCCUGCUAGUCCUGCGCUCAGAGCUUCAGUCCUGCAGUGUGUGAACCAACAAGAGGCUUCCCUGGCAGUGCAGCAAGCUGCCAUCCAGGUUUAUCGGCUGACUCCCAUCCCAGAUGAGGGAAGAGAAAUUCUCAUUCAGGUCCUUUUGGACAGUGCCAGCCCCGUGCAAAAGAGAAUUGCUGCUUAUCUUGUGCUUAUGAAGAACCCCCUGCCAAGUGAGUUGCUACGUUUGGCUACUGCCUUGGCCACUGAAGAAGACACCCAGUACAAGAGCUUCGUGGUGUCCCACAUGACCAACAUUUUGUCUUCAACUGAGCCUAAAACCGAAGAACUCAGACAAAAGAUUCGUGACGCCCUCCAGGGCAAUGAGAUCGGACCCAUCAUGGACCCCCUCAAAUUCUCUCGCAACUACCGGAUCGGAUCUGUGGAAGGAAACAUGAUCUUUGAGGGCACCAGCUACUUGCCCAAAGAAGCCAUGCUGGAAAUGACUCUUCAGGCAUUUGGUUUCAACAUUGACACGGUGGAGAUUGGUAUGGAGGGUACAGGAUUUGAACCAACAGUUGACGCACUGUUUGGCGACAACGGAUUCUUCCCCGACACUGCCAUGAAGACAAUAUACUUUGUCUCGGAUAAGAUGCACACAGUCGGAGACAUUGUGCGGCACUUACUUCCUGGCUCGAGGAACGCUGAGAUGAAGAGAAAGGUCUCUCGGGAUUUUAUGAGAGAAGUUGGGCAGAACCUCAACUUGCUGAUGAGGAAACUGGAGACUUCGAAGUCUCCAGAGGCAAUGAUGUACCUGAGAUUAUUCGGAAAUGAGCUGGGAUAUCUGAAGACCAGUGAAGUGGGAGAUAUGGCAUACUCUGCCUACUUGAUGAUUGAGAGCAUGUUCAGGAUGUUCCCCACUGAUGUCUUGAUGGGACUGAUGACAAAGGCUGACAAUACCAUCUUUGCCCACUAUAUCUUCAUGGACAAUGACUUUUUCCUGCCAACUGUCACUGGUAUGCCUCUGAAAAUUUCACUGUCUGGGACCUUCACCCCCGGUAUCAAGGGCGGACUUAAGCUUGCCCGUGACAUGAGUGAAGUCGCUUUCAUGCCCUCCGCUGGGGUUGAGAUUGCGACCCACGUUGGCGCCUACAUUCCUGAAUAUCUCAACUCGGGAUUGGAGAUGCACUCCAACCUCUUCCAUGAGAGCGGCCUCCGGGCCAAGCUCUCCAUGGGACGUGACCAUGUCAAGCUGACCAUUCCUGCGCCAAAGAGCCCGACCAAGCUCAUCAAAAUGACAACCACGCUCGUGGCAGUGAAUGAUCUUGGGGUUGUGACUAUCACCCCGAUGGGGACCCACAAAGUCGAUGUUAGUGAAUGCACCCCCUUUUUUGCUGGGAUGAAAUACUGCACUGCUCUUCAGUACAUUGAUGCUUCCUCUCAAGACACAGCCCCCUACUUCCCCUUCACCGGUGACAGCAAAUUUGCACUGGAGCUCCAUCCGACCGGUGAAGUCUCUGAGUACACCGCGACUCUUGCAUAUGAGCUGCUAAAGGAGGGGGACGAGGGCAAACAAAAGGUCGACUCUGUGAAGUUUGUUCUUAGAGCAGAAGGUACCGAGCCGACAGAGGCCAGAGCUAUCAUGAAAUACAACAGAAGGAAGAAAACGGUCACAGCUGAUCUCCAGAUUCCUGACUAUGAUUUGGAAGUAGGAUUGAGGCUAGGAGUUGUUGAUGGGAAAACCAGAGGCAAAGGAACCCACUCCGUCUCUUUGGAUCUCCUGAACAAAAACAUCCCUCAGCUUACCCUGGUUGGCCGAGCCAAUCUUGAAAUGAUGAAGAAAGGUAUGCUUCAAAUUCAGCUUCUCGUCCCCGUAUUGAACGUCGACGCCUCGGUCACAGCUAACAUAAAGCGAGAAGACGAACUGGAAUUGAAACUGAAGAGUGAAGUGAAGAUCCUGGAGGCCAUGUCCAAACAGGAGAUUGCAAUGAAAUAUGAUGACAGCAAGGUUGCGGUCGAGUUCAAAUCUGAUGUGAACACUGACGUCACCUUUGGGCUAUUCGCUGAUGUGUUUGAGAAGUAUACACAACGACUUCUCGACGCACAGGUGGGACAGACUGACAUGAAGGUCGCUCACAUCUUCAAGAAGUUUGGGGAGGCAGCAAACAACUACAUGCAGAAGUAUGGUGCUGAGAUCCCUUACCUUCAGAACUUCAGAGUUCCAGAUAUGCCUGAGAUUUCUCUGCCAGAGCGAUUGUUCUUGAACACUGAAACGAAGGCUGUGUACUACUUCAACAAAGAGCGCUUGACCUUCGUCAUCCCACUCCCUCUGGGAGGAAAAUCGACUAAGGAGCUCAAUUUCCCAGCAGCUUUAACAACACCUCACCUGUCCCUGCCUGAGUUUGGACUUGAGCUCAUCUCAAUGAGGAUUCCAAUCCCGGAGCUUUUUGUGCCCGAGAGCCUCACUUUAAGUGUUCCCCUUUUUGGCAAAACUGAAGUUUCAACACAGAUGAAGAGCAACCUCUACGACAUGGAGGCAUCGAUGGCAGCUGGCAAGGAUGUUGUGGAAACCCCAAGUUACUCUGCCAAGUUUGAUAUCAAAGGAACCUCGCCAUUUGAAAUUCUCGCAGUCAAGCUUGAAGGCUCCGGAAUGUUGGCCACCACUAAUUCACUUAAGGCCCAGGUGAAAGGCUCUUUGUCCCACAAGUUCAUUGAGGCCAGUGUCAAUUUCUUCGAGGAUACAACCAUCACUGACAAAAUUAAUGUGCAAUCAAGUUCCAAGAUCGUAGCCACAAGCCCAUUUAGCCUCACUGUUGACAUCGAGCACAAUUCUCUGGCUGGACUCAACACUGAAAAAAUCUCCAUUGAUAACAACUUGAAGGGAAUGUUCAUGGCUGGGCCCCUCUAUGCCAAGACCUCUUCAACUCAGACUAUCCAUGUUAUUCCAUUCAAACCAAAUGCAAAGAUUGACUCCUUGGUUGAGUUUAACUCAACUCUUGUUCAAGCUAAAAACAGAAUUUCAGCAACAUUUGUUGACGGUGACUUGCUGGUUGUUUCUAACAGCAAUGCCUUUGAAGACACCUUGACCCAUGUUGCUGAGCUUUCUUUCACAGACAGCAACCUGUCACUGAAGUGCCACUCGAGUGCCAAUGCGCUCGGUAUGAAAAUCUACAACAAGGCUGAAGCUUCUGCGGGAGUCGGCAAAAUUGCGCUGAGAGUGGAAACAAAUGGAGACCGGUCCAAAGAUCAUAUCUACUCUUUGCUGACUUCCUCCCUUGACGUCAGUGGCCUGACUGUAAACAGUGAUGCCAUCGUUCGGCUUCCGCAGAACACCGCCACGCACAAAGCCACCCUGAGAGUGGACAAGGACGGUUUGAUCACAAGUGGAACAAACACUCUGCAGAGUCCUCUUACUCUGGAAAACACCUUUAAUGCCAGGCUGGACACUUCAAGAGCAACUCUGUCCAUUAACAACAAGGCUGCAAUGCUGGACCUCAAGUUUGAUAAUAGCAAUGAUCUGACCGUAACACUUUCUAGCCUUAAUGUGAACUCUAAGGCUAAAGCCCAAGUCAGUGAUUAUACCUCUUAUAAACACGAUGUUGCCAUUGAUCUGACACCAUAUGCCGCAUCUGCCAAGGUCAACAACAACCUGAAGCUUCUUGCUGCCAACAUCAUCAAUGAGGCUCAGUUGCACGCAGGUUUUUACAAGAUGGACCUGACUGGAAGCUUGAAAGCCACCUAUGGUGAAACUGAGAUCAAGCACCUCUAUCAGGUGAACUAUGCUGACAUGACUGCCAACGCAAAGUGCACCACAACUGGAAAUCUUUUUGGAACCCACAUGACCCAUAACUCAGAGCUUGAAAUUAUUGGUCUUGCUGCCAGGUUCACCAACGAUGGCCGCUUUAACUCGCAGCUAGUGCGCUUUGACCAUACACUCCGUUCCAGCAUUGUUCCUUUUGACUUCAACCUUGAUGCCAUCUUCAACGCUGAUGGGGACUUGUCGUUGUAUGGAAAACACAGUGCACAGCUCUAUGGCAAGUUCCUACUGCAAGCACAACUGGCUUUUGCUACCUCACAUGAAUGCCGAGCCUCAGUCAGCCAGAGACUAGACAAUGGAAUUUCCCUGGAGACCACUUUUGACAAUAAGAUGGAUGCUGUUCUUUCCCCUAAUGAACAGAAGAGCGGUUUUAGUCUAAAAUCUAAAAUAAAUAAUCAUGCCUUUAAUCAAGACCUGAGUCUUUACAACACUGCUGGGGAAACCGGGAUGGGCGUUUCUGCUACCCUACUCACAAACAUCAUCAACACCAAAUCCACAAACAACCAGGAAUUUGGUUUCUCGGGUUUCCUCAAGUAUGACAAGAACACAAACUGCCACAUCGUUCAGUUCCCUUUGAUAGAAAAUAUACCUUUCUUCUUGGAAAGCAUCAAGAAUUCUAUUGUCCGUGUCGCAGAAAUGGUUCAGGACUGCAUCAGCAAUGAGGAAAUCAGGGCAAAACUCGGGGCACUUCCUCAGCGUGUAGGUGAGUUUGUAGCUCAACUUAACAUUGAAGGCAAAAUCAUUCAGUUGAAGGAGUACUUCAGUGAACUCACCCCAAAGAUUCAGAUUUCCAUGGAUGAUGUAGAUAAUACAUUAAGAAACCUGAAGGAUGUUUUUGACAAAAUGAUGACUGGUGUCACCUUUUACAUUCAAAACUAUCUUACCACGCUUGAACAAAUUAUUGUUGAUGGCAACACGUUUGAAACCAUUGCGUCAAGGAUCCAAGACCUGGUAAAUACCAUUAAUGCUGAGUAUGACAUUAAGGGAAUGGUUCUGUAUGUUAUCGAUACAGUGAAGAUGAUGAUCCAGCAGAUUGACUUGGAACAAUUACAAGGCACCACUGUGGCAUUCCUGAGAAAUAUUGAGAAUGAAUACAAAAUUAUGGCUGAUCUGAUUGAUUGCCUAAAUUUCAUGAAAACCGGAGUUGAGAAUUUUGAUUUUGUUGAAUUUGUUGCCGAACUGAAGGAGUUUAUUACAGACAUCAACAUCAGUGGUACCGUUAAGGAUUUAAUAAAUGAGAUUCCAACUGAGAUACUUGACGAGAUAAUAAAACAUAUCAGGAAACUGAUCCAGGAUCUCAACAUUCUUGAAAAAUUCAACACAUUCUCUGGAACGCUAAGGGAGUUUGUUGUGAAGCUUGAAGCUGACAAGAAGGUCCAAGUCAUCUUGGAAAAACUGGUGGAGGUCAUCAAGCAGUUUAGAAUUGAGCAAACAAUCAACACUGUUGCCAGGAUGGUGAGUGAUGCAGACAUCCCCGGUAAAUUCCACCAGGUCUUCCAGGUAGUUAUUGACUACAUGAAAUCCGCUGAAGUUAAGGAUAUGAUUCAACAGCUGAAGUCAUUUAUCGAGUCUACCAUGCAGAAGAUGACAUCAUUUGAUUAUAAUGGAUUUGUGGAUGAUGUGAACAAUUGCAUUGCUUCCUGCACUACUUACAUUAAUGCUCUCAUCAGGACUCUUGAAAUUCCCCAGAAACUUGAAGCAGCAAAAGAGUUCUCCAACGUCGUCCUGGCCUCAGCUAAAGGCGUUAUCGAUCGUCUGAGAGAAGUCAGAGUUGCAGAAAUUAUGGCAUCUGUAAAUGAACUGAUGGACCAGGCUAUGUUUGGAGAAAUCAAAAGAUUGUUUGAAUAUAUAAAAGAGGAAGUUACAAAUAUCGACAUUAAAGGUGAGCUUGCCUCAUACCUGAAGUCAGCGAGCAGAUUCUACAAGGUAGUCCUGAAAAUUGUUACUGAUAUGUGUCAUCGUGUGAUCGAAGAAAUCAAGGCAGUGUUCCCCGAACAAAAAAUCUUCAGUGAGAUUCAGCAAAUCUUUGACUCACUAAUAAGGGAAUUGAAGAAAUACCAGCUGAAUAUUCCAUCUUUCACUGUUCCGCUCACUGACCUGGUGGUGCCUUCCAUGACAUUCAAAAUGGAUCAACUUCAUCUCGUUGAAAUUCCCACAAAGUUUGAUAUCCCUGAGUUCACAAUUCUUGGCUUCCAUGCUAUCAAAGCCACCGCCGUUUCAUUUGAUGACAUCAAGCAGAGUAUCAUCCAAAUGAUUGACUUCAUCUUAAAUGUGAAUUUCAACGCGAUUGACUUUGAAACCUUCUUUGGAGACCUAACACUGAACUACCUGCCUUCCAUGCCAGAGAUCCACUUCUCAGAUAUCUCUCUUCCUGAGAUAUCCUUCCCUGCUAUCCCUCACUUCCCUGUAGAGAAGCUUGUCAAGUCUUUUUCGGCUCCUGAGAUAAGACUUCCAACAAUCCCAAGUGAUAUUGUGGUCCCAUGCUUUGGCAAACUCUACGGUGAGAUUCGAUUUAAUACUCCCAUUUACACUGUCAAGACAUCUGUUGAGCUCCAAAACUCCACCGAGUCGGCAAUGACACCCCAAUUAAAAGGAAUCAUUACUUCCCAAGGCACAUCUACCAGCUUUGAAAUUCUCAAUUACAAAGUUGACUCAACUGCUCAAAUUGCACUUCCCAAAAUGAGCCGGGUUGUGCUCGCAGAGACCCUCAAGAUCAAUCACCUUGCUCUUGUGUUUGAUCACCAAGCCUCUCUAUCUCUCUACGGUCUCUCUGGUCAGGCCCAAGCUAAGACCACAGUGAAAGUUAAUACUCCAAUUUACAAUGCUGAUGUCACAAACCUUGCUUUUAUCGCCAUGGAAGAGGGAAUGGCAGCGUCUCUAGAAACAAACUACAAACAUCUCGUAGACCUUCCGAUCGUCAGUGUCAAAAAUGAUGCCACCGUGAACCAGAAGGCAGUCCUCCGUCAAGACGGCUCCACCCUCACUCUGACUGUUGACAAUGUUGGCAAGUCUGUCGCUCAGGAAGGCAACCACAGCAGCAACUUAUAUUUGUCACUGAGUCCAAUCCUUGUCACGCUGACCUUCUCUGGUAAUACAGACUCAAAAGCAUUGACGAUGAAACAGCAAUUAACUGCUGAAGCAAGCCCUCUGCUCUACAAGUUUAAUGUCCUUAACGAGAUGAAAGCCUCUGUGAUUAAUAACAGUGUGGUUUCGGCCUCUGGACAUGUCAACCUCAAUACCAUGAAGGCUCAGCUUAAAGUAAACCAUGACACGGACUUGACCGGUGUGAUUAGAGGACUCCUCUCCAACGGAAUUGACAUUGUUGCCCAUCCCUACGAGUUUUUCGCUGACUUCCAAAACAAAGUAAAUUGCAGGGUGGCAAUCUUUGGAGUGCCAACUGCUAAGAUUAAUCUCCAGAACCGUUAUUCUGCCACUCUGACGCCCAACAGCCAGAAGAUGAACAUCGUUUAUACUGCUCGUCUUAAUCAAGGUGUGAUGACCUACAACUUCACUUUCGACAACAACAAAAAGGAGUCAGGAGCCUUUAUUGCAAUGAAUGGUAAUGCCAAUCUUGACUUCCUGACGAACCCCAUCAGCAUUCCUGCUAUUGAAUUCCCGUUUGUUGGCAUCCGUACCCCAGCAAUAAGUGAUCUGAACUUGUAUGAACUGGCAGGACUCAAGAACCUUCUGAUUUCUACUGAACAACACGUCAGUCUUGAUGCCAAGAUUGUUUAUCAGAAAAAGCAGGCUGCUCCCAUCGCCGUUAUAUUGAGCCUGAUCGAGAUCCCCCCUGCGGGUGACCUGAUUACAGACCUGUCCUUUAAAUCUGCCGUAAUCAGUGUGAACGUCAAUACUGGACUCUCUGCAGCUGAUGAUAUUGUAUUCCGUCUGGGCGCUACCACUGCCUCUGUGUUUGAGCACUUGAAAGCCAAACUUGAUGGCACCACCAGCCUGACCACCAAGAGAGGAAUCAAGUUGGCAAAUUCCUUAUCCUUAGAAAAUCGGUACAUUGACGGAACCCACGACAGCACUUUUAGCGUCAAUACUGAAACCCUGGAAGCUGCUACUUCGGUGUCUUCUGCUGCACGGAUUUCUCUCCCUAUAGUGAGCUUGGAAUUGAACCAAAAUCUUGUUGCAGACACGAAAUCCAAAGCCAAGGCUCACUCUACCAUGAACAUCAGGGGAAAUUACAACAUCCCUGUGUUCAGGGCUGUUGGAAAAACAAACACUGAAUUCAGCCUGAAGCUGGAGGGAAGCGGUGAAGACAUUUCCAUUGAAGCAUUCACGAAGGCAAACAUGGAUGGCACAGUGCUUGAUAACUAUAUAAUACUUGGAGUCUUGGAUAGCGACGUGAACCUGUUCUUGAAUAAUGGCCUACGCUCCACCUCCAAGGUCAUGGCCGAUGUCAAGCUUAACCACGGCACCACUAAAGUGAUCAACUUUGAUUUCAUCGACAGCCUGGCUGUGCAAGCCUCCCGGAGUCAUGUCUACGCCAUGCUUAAGCACACAAGUAACAACGAGCUCAACCUGUUGAGUUUCAACACCAAUGGGAAGCAUUUUGCCCAGACUACCAUUGAUCUUGCAUCAGUCCCUUCCUUGACCGCUGAUAUCGAGAUUAAUCUGUCACAACCAAGCAGCCUGGGUGAGUUCGCCAUCUUUGAAAAAAGUGUGGCCGAUGUUACAUUCGACAAGCAGAAGAUCUCCACCAACGGCAAAGUGGCAACGCCGCUGUACACCUCAAAUUUUGACGUCCUACUGGAGAGAAAUGCUCCCAUUUUCAAAGGAACUUUUAAAUCCUCUGCCACCUCCGCUUUUGUGCUCUUGGAUUACGACAUAGAUGCUUCUUCAACAUUAAGAUUCCAGAAUGCAGCUUUGAACAUGAUCAACAAGCUCGCGCUGACACAUGCCGACCUCAACAUGGACGCCAACCACGUCAUUGACCAGAGUACAAGUGUUCCUCACCAGACCCUCAAUGUGGACAUCACCAGUCCAACUUUCACUGACGUCAACCUCCGCUAUGCCGCUCGUAGAGACGUUCUUAGUGCCUCGCUAUCUACUCCGUCUGUUGGCUUUCUGGGGUUGCAAUUGAACGGGAGGGUCCCGUCUCAGAUGAGUGCAAGGUUCUACGGUCGUUAUCCUUCUGCUCCGGAGGCUGACGUUGAUAUCUUGGUCAUAAAAUCAUCUUCCAAGGCUGCAAAUAGGAUGAACCUCCAGAUUGUCUACAACACUGAUACACCCAAACUGAUGCUCUCUGAAUUGAAGCUGCGACUCCCUUCCGUCAUUUCCGCCUUCGCGGAAUUCCUUCAAAAGUAUCAGAUCAAGAGCGACUUGGAGAAGUUGAAGAGUGUCGUAGUCAACCGAAUCAGCGAUGUCUAUAGUACCGUCAUCAACAAUGAUGUCCAGAUGAGCCAGCUGUCAAUCUUCUUUAGAAACACUAUCGUCCAGUUCCAACAAAACAUCCAGGUUGUCUUGGACUCUAUCGUCAGGCUGCUGAGAGAGAUCAAGUUUAAACUCCCAGGGUCUGAGGAAAUGACCACACUUCCAGAGGUCCUGAAGAAGAUGACCAGUAGCGUUGCUAAUACUCUGGAUAAAAAUAUCCAGAUUAUUUAUCAGAACACAGAGGUCUACUAUAACUUAUUUCUGGAGAAAAUCAGCAGCGUGAAAAUCACCAUGCCAGUCGGCGAUGCAGUUACUGUCGGCCACAUCUUUGAAAAUAUAAAAACCUACGUCAAGAAUGGCAUCAGUCCACUGGUGCACUCCUUGAAAAACGUGGAGAGUUUCGACACCGUGCUGGAGAGAAUCGGCGAGACCCUGACCGCCGUUGUUGACAAAUCCCAGCACUUUGUUGACUCGAUCAACUCCGACUAUUUAGAUGAACUCUUCCUCCAAAUCAAUGAGCUCUAUCGCAGUCUUGUGAGAGUCGUGAAAGUCGUUGUUGACAAGAUCUCUGCCCUUGAUGUGGAGCAGCUGAGCAACGCGUAUGAUUCCCUUAUGGACAUGUUCAUUAAGGCGGUGGAUCAAGUCAAUGCCACGGUUUUUGAGCAAAUGGCACAAUCUUCACAGAAUGCUCGUGUGAAACUCAGUAACGGAAAGCUUCAGAUUGACCUCCCCUUGACUUUCCAACAAUGAAGACCGAGGUCCAACCGAGUUCUGA